AUGACGGCCGAGAACGACCAAAGCAGCAGCAAAGGCAACAACCAGCUGCGGCUGCUGCCGGGGACCGUGAUCCUGCAGCCGGGCGACCCCAUCGAGUUCUGGCACGCCCAGGGCCUCGUCCUGGGCAACUACGAGAGCCCCGUGCCGGGCCGGCAGUCCCUCGUCGUCCGCACGGAGGCUGGCGAGCCCCUGACAAUCGACGCCGGACAGAUCGUGGGCGUGUGGCGAGAGGACGAGAUGAGCGGCCACCUGCCGCUCGGCAGCGUAACGGCGGGUGCCGACGGCGACGACAUCGGUGACGGCGGUAGCAGCGCCGCCGUCGUCGCGGGGUGGGCGGAGGUCAGGGAGAAGACAAGGGCGCUGCUGCAGGGCACGCCGGCGAGGGGGCUUGACCUGGGGGCGUUUUGGAGAGCGGCGAGCUCGAGGGGGAAAGGUUUUGUGGUGACGCCGGCCCACGCGGCGGAGUUCCUCUUCGGCGCGGAGAGCCCGGCGAAGCUCGGCCUGAGGAAGCGACCGCCAUUCCGGUUUCGAAGCCCCGGAGAGGCGUUCCGGCCGAGCGCAGUAGAGCGGGCGGCGGCGGCGCACGUUAUCGCGGGCGAGCGAAGCCGCUUCAAGCGCGUCGUCUCGAAGCGGUUGGGACCGGCCGGUGUUGGCCCUGACGGUGGCGGUGGUAGUGGGAAGAAGAGGGCGAGAGGGGGCGGCAAGGGAGGGGGGGCAGAAGGCGAUGUCCUAGUAGCAGAUGUGGGAGACGGUGCGGGGGGGGCAAGAGGAGGGGGGGGGCGUGGAGGCACCGUGGAUGCACAAGGCCGAGACGAACGGAAAAAAGAGGAGGAGGAGGAGCUGAACCAGCCGGUGUUGAUUAGCGUAGGCGGGUUCAAGGCCGUGGACCAGAGCGUCGCCGUCACGCGAGAGGUGGCCGACUUCUGCCGCGUGGUUGGGGAGGUCAAGAGGGCGGCGGCGGCGGCGGCGGCCGGGGUCGCCGCGGGGUACGGGGACGCGGCGGCGGCAGAGGAGGGAGGGGCCGGGAGCGCCCUGGCGAGGGCGGGGUUGUUCGAGCCCGCCUUCUUGCUGAUCCUCCACAGUCUAGAGGCGUUCGCGAUAGGCGGGGACGAGCAAUCCCUGAUACCGGAGGCCAAACGAGUAAUGGUGGAGAUCACAGGGAAGGCCAACCCUACGGCAGCGAAGAGCAUCCUCGUGGACGUGGGGCUGUGGACCUCCCGCAGACAGCCGGAGGAGGAGGGUGGGAAGCCCGGGGAAGAGGGGGGCGAGGUCGGAAGAGACGAGGCGGGAGAGGAAGGCGGGGUGAUUCCGUGGUCGGCGGAGGCGCUAGAGGCGGCGGCGGCACUCGGGGGGGAGAGGGCGAGGAGACGAGCAAACUACGGGAAGAGACGGGCGCUGGAGGAGGUCGGCGCUCCCGCUCCUUUCGGCAGGCACGACUUCCGAGGGGCGAGCUUCGGGGUGUACUGCAUCGACGGGGCCGGCACCAGGUUCCUAGACGACGCUUUCUCCGUGGACCCGGAGACCCGCGAGGUCUUCAUUCACAUCACCGACGUUCAGGGCCUGGUGCCCACGGGGAGCACCCUGGACGACGUUGCGAGGAUGAGAGCAGCGUCCGAAUAUCUACCGCAGGGCCCCCUGUUCAUGAUGCCCCCGACGGCCCUCAAGGCCAUGUCUUUCAGCGACAAGGGCGUGAACGAGGCGGUUACGGUCGGCAUCCGGCUAGACCCUAAGACGGGGGGGGUUGCGUCGUCCCGGGUGAUGCUGACCACCCUUCCGCCUGCGGUGCCCCUUACCUUCGAGCAGACCGACAGGCUGUUGGAGGCCGCGGAGAAGGGGGAGACCGGGGAGGGGAGGCUUGCCCGAGUAGCAAAGGAGAUCCAGGCGUUGGAGUACGUCGGGAGGCGGAGCGCCGAGGCGAGCGGGCGGAGGGAGCGCGGCAGGGAGGGGGUCAAGUUCCGCAAGGGACCCGACGGGGAGACGCAGGCGCUGGAGGUGGCCGCGUCUAGGGCCCAGAGCCUUGUCGACGAGCUGCUGACCGUGUACACGCAGGAGGUGUACCGCCUGUGCAAGAGGGCCGGGGUGGCGAUGCCCUCACUCGUGGGGCAGCAGGACCGGGUGGCAACCGGACGCUCCAGGUACGGUACGGGGCCCCUGCGGCGAUACAUCGACAUCUUGGCGCAGCGGCAGAUCGCCGCGAUCCUCAGGGGCUCCGGUUACCUUAACAAGAAAGACCUCAUGGAGACGGCGAGCUACCUAACCUGGAGGCAGAACAAGACCCGAGCCUCCCGCGACGAGGAGGCCAGCCGCCUCUCCCUCGAAGCCCUGGCCGCGCACUGCCUCGCCCAGACCAGGGCGACCGGCCUCGAGCACGCCGUCGUGCCCGCUCGCGGCACCGGACGGGGGAGGGAGGUGCGGCUGGAGGGGCUGGGAGGAGUUGGCAGAGGAGGCGGAGGAGGAGGAGGCGUUUGCGUGCACGCGAAGCGGGCCCCGGGCAGCGGCGGGAGGGGCGUCGCGAUUCGGAAGGGGCAGGCCGUGAGGGUGGUGAUCCAGAAGGUCGAGCCGCAGCUCAAGCAGGUGGUGGCGACGGAGUUUGUCGACGGCAUGGAGGGCGGGGCAGGAAGGGGAGGUGACCGGGGCGCGGAUGUGGUUCAGGCCGGAGACAAGUAG